AUGAAGAUCUACCUGACCAAACCAUUGCCAGAGCGUUCGAGAGGUGUCUACCGCAACCCACAUCAUCUAGACGAACUACUCCGAAAGACGAUUCAAGAUUACCUGGACAAGGGUUUCAUCGAGAGCUGCUGGCCUGGAUUUGCCUCACCAGCCUUCUUUGUGCCCAAGGGUGACAUGGGCAUGGAUUGGAGAUUCGUGAUCGACUACCGGGACCUCAACGACGCCAGUGCAAAGAUGAAGUACCCCAUGCCUCUGUUAGAAGAUACCCUGGUAAAACUAGCAAGCGCCAAGUUUUUUACAAAAAUCGACAUCCGUCAAGCCUUCCAUAGGUUGCGAAUGGCCCUCGAAAGUGAUGCCCUUUGGGCUGACGAACGGCCCUGCAAUCUUUCAAUGCUUUAUCAACGACUGCCUGAGGAUAUCCUGGACAUCUACUGCAGUUCGUACGCCGACGACAUCCUGAUCUAUUCAGAGUCGGCCGAGGAAAACGUGCGCCAGACCGAGGAAGUCAUUCGACGACUGGCAGCGGCAGGCCUACAGGGUGACAUCAAGAAGAGCUCCUUUUGCGUCACCGAGGUGGAUUACCUCGGGCUGGCCAUCCUUGAGUGGAGGCUGUCAGACCUAAAAUCUACGAAAGCCAUCCGAUCUUUCCUCGGAUUGGUUAACUUUGUCCGACGCUUCUCGAAAGAAGUAAGCGAGCUGGCGCACCCGCUCAACGAGCUCCUGAAGAAAGGGGCAAUCUUCAAGAUCGGCAAGCAAGAGGAAGCGGCUUUUGAGGCACUCAAGGAAGCCCUGGUCCGAGCUCCCGGAAUGGGCUUCUGGAAGAUAGGCGCCCCAACUCGGAACGACAACUCAUGGAAGCCGGUGGCCUAUUUCUCCAAGACCUUGUCGUCAACAGAGACGAUUCUGUCGGAAUUUGACUACAAGAUGACGUACCGACCCGGGAAGGAGAACAUAAUUGCAGAUGCCCUGUCCCGGAAAAGCGAGAACUUCGAGACCGUCAGAGCCAGAGACCUGGAUUCCCGCACCAUGGAACUGGUCCCGAACGAUCGGGUACCCGCAGAAGUUCUCGAGGAGACACAUGUCGAAGCUGCUCCCCUAGACAUCGCGGCACAUUCUGAGGACCGCGGCCCAGCAGUAUCUGGGGAGGCACCAGCCGGAGUGUUCCUUGUGGAGCUGAUUGUCCGGGAAAAUGAGAAGCAGAUUCCCAAGGAGGACCGGCAGAAGGGAGAUCGUAUCUGGGUGCCGGAGUACUCGUCAGAAGGGCUCGCACUGCGAACUGCCUUAAUCCGGGAAGUCCACGAACCCAAAUCAAGGGGUCAUCCCGGGAAGAACAAGAUGAAGGCGAUGCUGCGGCCGUUCUAUUACUGGCCACACACCGCCGAAAGACUGGCCAAGCGAUAUUACCGCCGCGUGUUUGGCCACCUCGGUCUACCGAAGAUUUGGCUCUCCGACAACGGACCACAGUUCAUUUCGAAAUUCAUGGCCAAGGUCAACGAGAUGACGGGAACAGAGCACAAAUUCGGCAGUGCCUACCAUGCGCAGACUCAAGGAGGCGUGGAGAUUACCAACCAGUAUCUUGACCAACGCUUGACGUUUUACGUGUCGUAUUUUCAAGACGAUUGGAGCAUGACUCCGAUCGAGGCCUCUCAAGGGCGAGCACCCCACGCGGCUUUCGUUCAUAUACCGACCGACAAGCAGGUCGGGGAUUGGACCGACGCCCAAAAUGCAGCCAAGGACUUUGUGAAUCGAGCCAAGAAAGUUUGUUCGCUGGCAAAAAAGAACGUGGAAGCGGCUCAAAGGCGCCAGGAACGAUCAGCCAAUUCGAAGAGAAGAGUGCCCGAUUUCGAUGUCGGUGACUGGGUAUUCUAA